AUGGCGGCGCGUGGCGCGGGCCCGUGGCUGCUGCUGGCGGCGGUGCUGUGCGCGGCGGCGGAGCCGCGCUGCCCGUCGUGUGCGGCGGGCGCGGAGCGGCGGCUGCUGGAGGAGGUGGCCAAGCGGCAGCUGCUGGAGAAGCUGCGGCUCCGCGAGCGGCCGAGGCUCGCCCACGCCGUGCCCCGCGCCGCCGUGGCCCGCGCCCUGCGGCGGCUGCAGGCGGGCGGCGCCCGCCGGGGCCCCGACGACGACGAGCGGGGCUACGAGAUCAUCAGCUUCGCGGAGCCAGAGCCCACAUCUCCCUCUGGCUUGGGGCUGCAGUUCCAGUUCAGCCAUACACAAGACCAGGACAUUCACAUCCUGCAGGCUCAGCUUUGGCUCUACCUUCGAGUUCCCCAAGAUGUGGUGGCCAGCCUCACCCUGAGAAUCUUCCUUGCUGGUGGGGAAGGCGAUUUGGUGGGGGGCAAUCGCACAUUGCUGAGUGAGAAGCGACUGAGUGCUAAGGGCAGUGGCUGGCGUGCCUUCUCCCUCACGGCUGCCCUGCAGAGUUUCUUCGGGGGAGAGCGCAGGACCCUGCGGCUGGAACUGGAAAGCCGUGGGAACAGAGGUGAUAUCAUGGCAAUAGUCAAUGCCAGCCGGUCCCACCAGCCCUUCUUGGUGGCCGAGGCAAAGGUGCGGGAGCCAGGACACCAUGUGGCCAAGCGCAGCCUGCGCUGUAGCCAGAACUCCAACCUCUGCUGCCGCAAGGACUACUACGUGGAUUUCCGUGACAUUGGUUGGAACGACUGGAUCAUUAAGCCCGAGGGCUACCAGAUAAACUACUGUGUGGGCCAGUGCCCUCUGCAUGUGGCAGGUAGCCCUGGGAUGGCCUCUUCUUUCCACACAGCUGUCUUCAACCUCGUCAAAGCUAACAACAUCCAGGCAUCGGGGCACUCUUGCUGUGUGCCCACACGACGCCGGCCACUGUCUGUCCUCUACUUCGAUCGCAAUAGCAACAUUGUCAAGACUGACAUCCCUGACAUGAUUGUUGAUGCCUGUGGCUGUAGCUAG